AUGAGGUUGAAGAAGGGGCGCACUUUGUUUCAUCGCGAGGGAGAGAUGGAUGCAAGCAAGAACAUGGAGAUUGUAAAGAGUUUUAAGAGCGUUGAGAAAGUGUCUGAUGAGAUGUACCAGCAAGGGCUAACGCAAUCGCGGGCACUUCUUCAAGGCCUUGCAAGAGCAUUGUAUCGCAAGGAAAGGCUGUCUGUCUUGAAGCUUGCCCUGAUUGCAUAUGACCACGACAUUGUAAGACUGUACGACACUCUCUGCUAUGCCGGGGGCAUGACAGUCCUGGUGCGCUGCCUACAGGCCACGAUGACUUCAGUUACGUUACAUCCGAUUGAGAUUCGCCAGAUGUGCCAAUUAAUAGCGCUCGUAUGCCUACGCUGUUCCGAUGAUGCGGCGAUCCACUGCCUCAGUUCCAUUGGAACUGAGCUCGUGCUGUUGUUGUUCUCCAUUCUUCUGAAGACGGAGGUAGGAAGAGAGGCAUGCAGCCCCAUCCGAUUGGUGAUAAGACGAAUCGCGCGCCUUGAGCUGUCCUUGCCAGCGAUUGAACACUCAGAGCGACUCCUGAAAUUCCUAGAACGGAUGGCUUUGCUUGGAGCUGGAAACAAAGACGCCUCAGCGGAAGCGCUUACAUUGCUGGCUGGGUUGACUGUUCAUUCCGAAAGCAAGUUGUACGUGAUGGAAAGUCGAACGUUUCUCGAUAGCAUCAUCAAGUGCAGCCAACAAGAGACGACCGAGGUAAUGGAUCAGAUCGCCAAGGUCAUCGAGAACUUGGCUCUACACGGCAACAACAAAUCGAAACUUACCAAGCAGCUUAUUCUGGAACGGUUGUUAGCAAUGGCAUCGCCGAGCGAGAGCAUCGAAACUCGAAUUCAUUCCAUUCAGGCACUGAAACAAAUAUCUAUUGAGGCUAGAGGGAAACUCUUUAUUGUUGCCUUUGAAGGGGGAGCGGCGUUGAAGGCGUUGCUGUCUGCUGCAGACGAGAGGGAACUCCAGCCAUGUGUCGUAGAGACCUUGCUCAGUCUCACGUGCAAGUACACCGCAUCUUCCCUUGUCCAUCACUCUGGUCUCAUCAUUACGAUAACCAAUCUGGUGCGAUCCGAAAACGUCAUGGUUGCGGAAAAGGCGGCACAAGUCAUCAAACGCCUUUCCACCCACACCUGCAUACAGAAACGAGGCCAUGCAGCGUUGUUCGAUGCAAUUCUCGCGACGUCAACGUCCAAGUCCCGCAGCGUCCGACACUGGAUUGCCAAGGCAAUGCUGGAACAGUCUCGUCUGUCCGGAAGUAGCUUUUUGCUGGUACGCUCACCCGAUGCUCUAGAGAAAGUCUGUCAACUGGCCCGUGAUCAACAACAUGAUGUCAGAGCUCCAGCAAUGGAGACUUUACUGUCUCUGUCAGCAUGCCAAUCCAACUUGAAGAGGCUGUCGACAAGCAGCAUUGUUUUCGAUACUCUCGUAGAAUCAGUUAGUGUCGGCCUUCGCGAUGGAAAAGUGUGGAAUUCAGAGGUCCGGGACGCGAUUCUUUGCAUCCUGAACUUUGUCGACGGACCAAGAAACCCGAGAAAGAGGGCGGCGAAACACACAGGAGUGGUUAAGGUGUUGUCGAAAUACGGCAUCUCCAGCGAUGAGGACAACGAGUUGAAAAGGGCAGCCCUUCAUGGCGUGAUUAUUCUCUCCGCAUUGAUGUAG